AAACAAUUCUUUUUAUAUUAUUUUUUUAUCUUGAGAAUCGUCGAAGCUGCUUCCCAUCCACUCCGAGCAGCCAUCGCGGCGCCAGUCGAUGCGAACACCCCGACACCAAUAUCCUACACGCUACAGUCUGAAACCCGCCGCGAAGACUUAUCACGCCCGCAUCUCCGAGACUGCGCGCGUGCGACGGCCCUGCUCGACAUCCCCUCCCUCAUCCUGCGCUCGCGUCUCGCAAUGGCGGCCGACGAGAGGAACAUGCCGUUCAUAAAGAACCUCGCGUCGAGCGACCGCAAGAUCCGGACCUCGGCGCUCUCGACCCUGCGCACCUUCCUGGCGGCGCCCGCGACGGCGGCGCGGCUCACCGAGCUCGACCACUUGAAGCUGUGGAAGGGACUGUUCUACAGCCUGUGGAUGUGCGACCGGCCGGUCCCGCAGCAGAGCCUGUGCGCGGAGCUGGCCGCGCUCGUCGGCGUCCUGCCCACCGCCGCCGCCGGUAACGCGCCCGACGACGACGACGCCGUCGCCGUCGCCGUCGCCCCCUUCCUCCGCGCCUUCUGGGCCACGCUCGCCCGCGAGUGGACCGCCAUCGACGUCCUGCGCAUGGAGAAGUUCCUGCUGCUCGUGCGGCGCGUGCUCGGCGCGAGCCUCGCCUGGGCCGCUGAUCCGCUGCCUCCGCCACCUCCAGCCAAGAGCCGCCGCAAGCAGCAGCAGCAGCCGCGGCCGCGGCCGCGGCCCUGGGCCGGCCCCCGCGCCGCCGCCACGCUCCGGCUCCUCGCCGAGUGGCCCCUCGACGCCGCCGGCGACCUCGCGCGCGUCCCCGUCGGCCUGCGCCUGCACGUCCUCGACAUUUGGGUCGACGAGGUGGAGCGGCUCGGGCUGCUGCACCCCGCCGCCCGCCAAGACGAUGAUACCGACGCCGACGCCGACGCCGACGACGACGACGGGAGGGCCGAGUUCGUCGACGGCCUGCGGCGCCUCGUCGAGGUCCACACCCGCUCCGCGUGCAAGCCCGUGCGCCGCCGCGCCCAGGACUCGCUCGCCGACGACCGGCUGCCGUGGAACAGGCGAGAAGCCCGCGACGGCGACGUAGGCAUGGUCGAGGCCGGCGAGGCGAGCAAUGGCGGGGAGAGUUGGGACGGGUUUGAGGAUUAAGCGGCGCUAAUGGGUCGAUGGAGGGGACGUUCUUGAAUUGCCACGUCGAGUCUUUUGAUGUUUUAUCAGCCACAGGUGUCUGGCGUUGGGAUGGGUGGAUAG